UGUUACUAAUUGUUUCAGAAUAAACUAAUGUUCUCAAAAAGAAGUUCCCUUACCCUUUUUUCUCUAACGGUUGCAUGGAUACUCUCAUUAAAAAGAGAACAUUCAGAAAUAACGUUUAUAUAACUUAAUGGGAAUGUUCGCAAAACGUUCUUAGAAUAUAUUUUUGUUACCUGGGUGGAGUCUUUAGCAAAUCUCAAAAUUGAAAUCCACUGACAUAGGCUACUGUACAUUACAAAGGUGUGAUGCCUCAUUUAAAAUAAUUAAUUGCCGUUUUUAGUGUUUUUAUUUAAAAAAAAGUAUAAAAUUUAUAUAUCUCAGCUGUGCUUGUUUUUAGGAGUGUGUCGUGUCAGCAUGUGUUUAUACCUUCCUCUCUCUUCCUCUGAAACUGUAGGAUAUCUAUGAUAAUUGUUUUUCCUCCCCAAUCUAUCCUUCUUCUUCCUCUCCACAGCCAAUCAGAAGCUAAUAAAUCAAUAAUCUGUCAAUGAUGAUCAGUGAUGUGAUGGAUGUAACGCUGAAAACGUUUAACUCUGUCUCCCUCUUUCUCCCUCUCUUGUUUUCUUCCUCUCUUGUCUUCCAGUUUAUGUGGCUAAAAUUUUUACUCUUUUUCUCCUUCCUCCUUUCCUCUCAGCCAUCAAAAGCAAAUUGUAAAUGUUGUUUUCCUGAAUAUAACAGUGUGAAGAGAUGCCCAUAAAAAAAAUGUAAAUCGCAGAAAGUCCGGCAGGAUGACUCUAGUUAAUAAUGUAAAUCUGUAGCUGUGAUUGAUGUGUGUGCAAUGUUUCCUGUCCCUCAUCUCAUUGCACAUAUAUAAAUACUUCUCCAGAGGUCAGAAUUACAAAAAGAUCAUUGGUUGAGAGCGAUGCAGAUGUCUCUGUGGAAACUGCAGGGUGAGGUGUGAGAGAGAGAUACUUGGAAUAUCAGCUUGGCUCUGCCAUGGGGCAUGUGUGGAGGUGGACUCCGACACGGAGGCAGUGAUGGGUCUCGGCUUCAAAUUAGGCUGUAUCUCUUGCAAGAUGAGAGGAGAAGUACCGGCCUCUGCCACAGUGGACUGGUGGUUCAUGGCUAAAGGCGAGAGUGAAUUUACACACAUCUACAGUUAUGCAGACAUGACAGGCUACAUAAUGGAUGACCGCUUCGAUGAACGCCUAGCCUGGAACGGCAGUAAAAAAACUGAUGAUGUGCAGGACGGCUCAAUUUACAUCCUUAAUGUCACCUUCAACGACACCGGCACCUAUCGAUGUUUUUUCGACCGCACCCUUGUAUUCCCCAAUUAUGAGUACCGCACCAAUGCCACCAAGUUUAUCUCCAUCAACGUAGUAGGCAAAGCUACACGAGGCAUGGCGUCCAUCUUAUCCGAGAUCAUGAUGUACGUGUCCAUUAUCGGGCUGCAGUUGUGGCUGGUGGUGGAGAUGGUCUACUGUUACAGGAAGAUCGCAGCAGCUGGAGAGGAAGCUCUGAGAGAGAGCGAGGCGGAAUAUUUAGCUAUAACCUCGGAGAGCAAAGAUAAUUGUGCAGGUGUAACAGUGGCAGAAUAACACAGGACCAAAAAAAGUCUAAAGGCAAAAGCUUGACGCUCUGUCCAUCACAGCAUCACCAAUGGCCUCCUCCUCACCCUCACCGGCUGUCUGUGAAAGCGCAGGGCCGCUGCUUUGACCUUUGUGUACGACUGUGACAGAACCGCCAUUCUAAACCAUCAGGGAAACACACAGUCACACAUUACAUAAAAAGGAAAUGUUUUGUUUUAAGGCUCUAGAUGACAACUUUGAGGUUAAUGAAUGAUUGAUGCAUUCAUUGGUUCAAGCAAACACUGAACAUCUCUUGUACAUACGCGUCUCUAUGCUGUUUCCGCAUAAUGAAAACUCAGCUGUACAUACGAUAAAACUGUCACCACAGUAUAUCUACUGAGCCAGAGGACAUCACAACAUAUUAUAGUGUGUAUAAUAAUCGCUAGUGUAUUUACUGAGCCAGACAAAAAAACAAAAACACAAAACAAAAAAAAGCAAACAAAAAAACAAAACAAACAUAAGAACCGUCAAAUAGAUUAUGUGAAAACAUAUCUAUUUAUAUCAUUAUUUAAAGAUCAAAAUACAUAUUAAGAAACAGAAUAUAUUAAAUAUAAACUUAGUUAUAGCCUAUAUAUUAGGAGUGUAACGGUACACAUAUUUGUAGCGAAAACUCUUAAAAUUAAGAGCUUCAAACUAACUCUUGUCAGAUGUGUUGUUUAAGACAUUCAAGACCUGUUUUCAUCAGCAUAACUCUUAAUCAUCUUUCUCUGUAAAUGUAAAAAUAGACAGUGCGACAGUGCAAUAAUUCAGACCAAAAUAUACAUUUUGCUAAAAUAUGUUCCCAAAGGUGGAAGCUCUUCAAAUUUCUUCCCUCCUUUAGAACAAAACCAUAAAGUGCAUCACCAUUUUUUUCCUAACAGAACUGUCUGGUUUGUUCAGUAAAGCACUGUUUAUUAAAAAGAGCAGCUUUAUGUUUCCGCUGUACCCAAAUCAUGGCUUCAAAACCGAGGUAGGCUACAUACCGAACCGUGUGCCGUCAUACCUCUAAUAUAUAGAGAAAUCAUAACAUCUCGUGUUUGGCUGCUGGGGACUGUGAUUAGCCUUACAUAGCGAAUACCAACAACUAUUAACGCACAUUUACAAGAAGAGCUUCCAGACUGAAAACCGCACCUGUCACGUACAGAACUAACUCAACUAACCACUGGUAAGCUAACCAUAACUUUUCUCACUGAUAUGUAAUAGCUCACUCAAAUUUGUCACUGCAUCUACAAAACAUCACGACCAGCACCCAAUAUUUAGUCUAUACUAACUUGGUAUUAAAUAGGAAAGAUUUUAGCACUAUAAAGCACAAAAUAUCUGUUCUGUAAAAAAAAAAAAAGCAGACCAUUCUCUUAAAAGAAAUAACAGAGAAUCAAUUGAAUGUCACAUAUGUGUUAAUAGAAAAAAGUGCAUUGUUGUGUAAGAUUCAAAGCCGAAUUCAGCUUCCGAAACUAUUGUGAUAAAUAUGUUAUUAACAAUGUGCCGUAGAGGAUCAUUUCUCAUGUUUGCCUCACAGUUCCUCCCCUUUUCUUUUUGUCUUUGCUGACAAGAUAAUCAAGGGCUGCAUGAAAUCGAUUGAGAAUGACUUCAAGUUUAAGGUGUGCCUCCUGUAGGAACGAUGUUUAAGCCUCUGGCUCUUCGUGCAUGAGCAUUUCUAAAGAAAACGGAACGAGAAAGCAGGAAUCAAUUGUGUUCACUCACAAGCUUCCAGUCUUUCCUCUCCCUCUUAGUAGCCAAUUUCUGGUAGUGACUACAGAGGGCAGCACAACACUGCCAAAGUCUCACUGCCUUUAUGCAUGAAUGAAUAUUCUUGAGACUUCCCAGCUCUGGUUUUCUUACUUUUUAUAUCUUUCAUUCGGUGGUUGUUAAAUAGGUGGAUUUCUACUGCAUGACUUUAAAUACGCUUUUAUGAAUACUGCCACAGUUGUAACACAGGAUGCGUUUCAUUCGCUGCUUUUAGUGCUGUGAUUACUACAACAUCGAUGGUAUCGUACUAACACUAUCUGACAAUGUCUGCACCUCUGUGGGAGUCUGUACAGUAUCAACACAACGACCUAACAAUUCCAUCAUCAAUUUCAUGUUGAAGUGAAACUGUUGCUUGCCAAAUAAAUUAUGGACAAGGUAGUAUACAAUAAAAUAUGUUUAAAAAGCU